ACAAAAUCCUCACGAUGAUCAGCGUACGCGUAAAUAAUUUCAAUGAAAACUUUCUAAACGAAACCGAGGGCGACUCGAACUCGGUGCUGAUGGAGCUGGACAAAUGUUUGCGGUCGAAUAAAAUCGGCGACCAGUGUGAAGCAAUUAUCCGGUUUCCGAAGCUGUUCGAGCGGUACCCUUUCCCCAUCCUGAUCAAUGCAUCGAUCCUGAAGCUGGCCGAAUUCUUCCGUAUUGGCUCGAACCUGUCCCGGCUGUGGAUACUGCGCGUUUUCCAGCAGAAUGAAAAGCAUCUGGAAAAGAUCUUAAACAUCGACGAGAUCCUGAAGCGCAUCUUUAUGGUGAUGCAUUCGAACGAUCCGGUUGCACGGGCGUUAACGCUGCGUACGCUAGGGGCGAUCGCGUUUGUCAUACCGGAAAAGCAGCACGUACAUCAUGCGAUUCGUGUCGCACUGGAUAGCCACGAUACGGUCGAGGUGGAAGCGGCUAUAUUUGCGAGCGUUCAGUUUGCCGCACAGUCGAAAACAUUCGCCGUUGGGAUGUGUUCGAAGGUGGCAUCGAUGAUUGAGAGUUUGCAGACACCGGUCAACAUGAAGCUGCACCUGAUUCCGGUGUUGAGACACAUGCAUCAUGAUGCCAGUACGGCCGCACUGGUACGGGCGUUAUGCCGGGAUUUGCUACCCAAGUAUCCGUCCGAGCAGUUUGUGGUGGAAAUUAUACGCUCGCUGUCGCUGUUAUCCUGUGCGACUCUGGUCGAUAUACCGGAUCAGGUAGAUUUGUUGCUGGUGUAUCUGCAGGAUCCAAGGAAGCGAGUCCAAUCAACGGUUUUGUUGUCGCUUCAAAAAUUGGCAGAAAAAGGAGCAUAUUUGUGGCCAAAGACGACGAUUAGUCGUUUGCUGCAGCUGACGGCACAGUGCAGCAACCAAAACAUGGCGCUGGAUGUUAUACUGGCCCUUACAAAAUGUCCUCACACGUGCCACACGAUCCUGAGCGAAGAGCAGCAGCAGAUACUGGAGGUGUGCAAAAACUGUCUCCUACUGGAGAAUGAAAGUGGUGGCCGUGCAAUGACAAUUCUGACCAGUCUCAUCACGUACUGCCACAAGGAAAACAUCCCACCACCGGUACAAGUACUGGAGUAUCUCGAUAUGCAUCUGGAGUUUCUGAUUCAGGCUUCGUUGCAGAAGAAAUCGUCACUGAAAGAUUUCCGCCUCUAUCUAAAGUGUGGUGUGCAGCUGUCCCGGACGAGCCGGGAGUUGGGUGAAAGCUUCGCCGAAAUGAUAGCGGAAAUGCUAAGCGAGGAACAUUCCACGGCGACCGCAAGCCACUCGAAGCUGAUCUGUGAGGCGCUUGGAGCGAUCUGUUCGAAUAUAAUCGUUUCGUGCGAUUUCUACGAACUUCAAACACCCGGCACGUGUCCUUUCAGUGCGGUAAUGCAGCACCUGCUGCGGAAGCUGGAAUCGCUCGCCAAGGGUGGUGCAGUGCUGGACAAAGAACGGACGAAUAUUGUGGAACUGUUGGCCGCUAUCUGUAUGCAGGCAAUGCUUGGCACGUUCAUGCCGGAUAAUGUGAUUGCCAUCUUCGUCCAGUUGCUCCAUACGACGAACCCUUGGACGCAGUAUCGCAUCGCACGAUCGGCUUCCCGUUACGGGCAGCAUUUUCUAGCCGCGAUGAUCUACGAAAAGCUUUCGAAGAACAUUUCGUUGGAGAAUUUGCACUUCUAUCUGGUUGCGUUGAGUCAAAUCUCGAAAGCCGAGUGUAUUCUGAACCACGGCCAAGAGUAUGAAACGCUCGCCCAGAAGCACAUCAAGCGAGAACCGGGUGUUGCACCGCAGUUGCCAGCUCCGGCCGGAUGUCUCUCCUUAAUCGAUAGACUGGAGAAAGCAAUCAAUCUCUACUGCAUCGCACUGUCCACGCUACGAGCAAGCUCAUCACCACAGCAUCCGCUAGCGUUCCAGUCGGAACUGAUCCGACUGCGUUGCAUGUUUCUCGAGGUACUGCACAGUGUAGUAAUAACCCGCAACACUCUCUGCAUUACUCCACCCUCGGAAAUUUCUCAAACCCUUGCUCAAAAUUGUCGCGAUCCGCUGCAAAAGUACGGUCACAUCACGAACCAGCUGCGGAAGCACGUGAAAUUGCUAAAAAAUUGCGAGGAUGCAUAUAGCCGUUUGUACAAAAGCUCGUUCGACGCUGAUCCCGGUACGCUGGAACAUCUAGAAGCGGUACAGCACCUGUGCGCCACACUGCAACUUUCCAUCGAAACGAUUUCCUUCAUCAAUCCGUCAGAAACACCCAAAAUUGCACCCCAAUCGAGUCAUCCCGAAACUCGCUACCUGCUGUCCGUCUGCCGCACAGUUCUGAAGCAUCUUCAGCUGAUACCGGCCGAAAUACCCGGCGCCAGCAAAACACUCACCCACGAACACACGGACAUGAUGAUGAAGCAAAUUGAAACCGUUGUCCGCUCGUCCUACUGCACACCGCGAUUCUUCUUUCAGGUGCUACAAAACACAUCCGUCAAGUUGGCACUUACACCACAAUCGCGAGUCCCCGGCGAACCGGUGCAUGUACAACCGAACAGUCAUCUGGUGGUAAAGGUGGAAGGCGUCAUCCAGCACUACGGACGUACGCCAUCCCUGUUCAGAGCGAUCAACAGCGUUCAGCUAACGCUAAAUUCCAUCCUGAUGACAUCACGCCCGAACGAGGUAAAGCUUCUGUCGGACGGUGCUGGGCUGACGCAAAUCGUGAAGCCUCAUCGAGAUUUUUUGAGUGGUAGCUUCUUGAUUGCGCUCAACAAUACGGCACACACGUUUAAUGGGAGUCCGGUUAGCUUGGGUGGCCAAUGGCAGCUGAAUUUGGAGACGUGCAUCAUCGACGAUAAUGGGGUAAUGUGGCAAACCGGAACGAAAAAUACGCUGGUCAUACGCAUACCGGAAGACAGCCACAAGCAGGUGAUGGGAAUGCAAUCCACCGUGAGGCGAUUUUAA